AUGUCGUUCUUGUCGGGUUUCUACAGUCGCCUGUCGGGUACCUUCAGCCGACCGGCUGAAACUGAGGAUGACCUCGUUGCUGGCGAGAAGGUGACUCAGUCAGAUUCGGCCAACUCAAACGAUGCAUCAAGCCGCACUCUCUCCCCCGAAGACGACCAGGGAGAUGUCAACACCCCCGAGAAGGCUCCUGUCUCUUCGCGAUUGCGAAUCCCGCCCACACCUUCGUUCGCGCCGCCAGCGACCCCCUUCGCAGGCCAGGCUUCGCCCGUAGUCAAUCAAGCAGCAGCCGAUCAACUCAUGCGCGAGGCCGGCGCUUCUGCUCCGACCCCUGCACUCAAGGCGACCCCCUUCUUUGGCGUCUUUGCUCCACCGCAAACUCCCGCAACUCGCAACUUGUCGCCUGUCAGAAAUCAGGCCGCCGAAGAACAGCUCAGGCGGGAGAUGCUAGGCAACGUACCCGAGACACCUGCCACCGUGCAACCGAAACUACGAGCCACUCCUAUGGCACAAUACAAGACACCAGCCGUAUCACACACCACGCCAACGGAACCACUCACAGAACUGUCUGGUGCCGCAGAUGCCAUUCAGACUCCUUCGGUCAUGCCUUCGAAGCGCCAACACCAGAACCGAUCGCCAAUUCAAGAAGAGUCGGAAAUUGUCUUCGAGAACACUGAGCAAGAGUCGCACCCGUCUUCAAUANNGUCGCUGUUGAACAAGUCGAGGCAGAUGAGGGAAGAUUCAGAGGCUUCAGCAGCGUCGUCUCCUCAUGCAGGCGCCGAGGUGGAUAUGUCCGAAGCAGAGGAGAAUGAUACGUCCACGACUUCGAUCGAGUCCAGCGAUUCUGAGAAGCGUCGAAUGGCCGCAAUUACCACAAGCAAAGGUCGCAAGAACCAACGACGCCCCAAUCAGCGCAUUACGUCCAAAAGCUACGACGACAGGCGGUCAAGAGUGCAAAAGACAACAAGACCAGGAAUGGGUAGAAGUGUUAGUGGAAGAGAGGAAUUGUUGAACAGAGCACGCAAACGCUUCUACGAUGGCAAAGCAGGCAACAACAAACUCUUUUGA